AUGCGUACCUACGACGACUCCUUCAGCGGUCAGAAGAUCUACCCCGGCAAGGGUAAGCUCUUCAUCCGCGGUGACUCCAAGAUCUUCCGUUUCCAGAACGGAAAGUCCGAGUCCCUCUUCCUGCAGCGCAAGAACCCCCGCCGCAUCGCAUGGACUGUUCUCUUCCGUCGCCAGCACCGCAAGGGUAUCUCUGAGGAGGUCGCUAAGAAGCGCACUCGCCGUGUCGUCAAGAACCAGCGCGCUAUCGUUGGUGCUUCCCUCGAUGUGAUCAAGGAGCGCCGUUCCCAGCGCCCCGAGGCCCGUGAGGCUGCCCGCAAGCAGGCCAUCAAGGAUGCCAAGGAGAAGAAGGCUGCUUCCGCCGCCACCAAGAAGGCUGAGAAGGCCAAGUCCGCUGCCGCUGGUGGUCGCAUCCAGAGCAAGCAGGGUGCCAAGGGCUCUGCCCCCAAGGUCGCCGCCAAGUCCCGCUAA